UUUGGUUUUAAAUUAUAAGUUUGUGCUUUAUUUGCAGACUUCCAUUAUGGCUGUAGAAUUUGAUGGUGGGGUUGUCAUUGGUGCUGAUUCGAGAACUACAACCGGAUCUUACAUCGCCAAUCGUGUGACUGACAAACUGACAAAGAUCACCGACAAUAUCUACUGCUGUCGGUCCGGCUCGGCUGCUGACACCCAGGCCAUCGCCGAGAUUGUCGCCUAUCAUCUCGAAUUCUACACAACUGAAAUUGGCGAAGAGCCUCUGGUGGAGACGGCGGCGGCCAUCUUCCGAGAGAUGUGCUACACUUACAGAGGUCAGCUGAUGGCUGGGAUCAUCGUGGCCGGCUGGGACAGCGUCAAGGGAGGACAGGUACAUUAAAGUCACUUCAUUUAC